UGCAGAAACUGUGAAUCAGCAACGCCAAUUUGGGCGGCUGGUUGGCAAGGAGUGGCCACUAUGCCGGGAGCCCCUGUCCUCUGUGACCCCUUCCUUUGGCAUCAAUGCUGUCAGAUGGGACCUGCUGAUCGUUCUGUGGCGCGUCGCGGAUACGGCGACUUACGUUGGCUUUGAUUGAUCUGUGGCACUCGGAAAGAACUGGUGGCGCUUCACCUUUCCCUUUGAGGGCGAGCAAUUGUGCUUGUAUUCAACGCCUGGGAGAAGAAUGGCGGAAUCGAAGGGCCUCGUCUUCAAGCAGACUCCAAAGAUCCGCGACCUGCUCUCAGACGCCAUCGUCCUCUCCUCCCUACCCUCUGACAUUGGCGCUCAGCUUGUUCCGCUCCUGGAUGACGAUUCCGCCCUAGUGCCCUACCCUUUGCUGCGCACACUUUGCCAGAGUCUUCGGGAAGAGGAGAAGGAUAGGGCUGGGCCGUAUCUGCAUCAGGUGCUUCAGGGGGCCAGUCCUCACCUAGUCAGCCCACCACCCCGCCAACGGAGCAAGGCCUUGGAGGCUCGCUUAGCGAAGCUGCGCACCGAGGCGGAAGAACGCGAGUAUGCGGAGCUGGUCCGGGAUGUGACUAAAAAGCAGAGGGAGGAGGCGGAACGGGUGCCGUUUGCAACAUACAAGGAGCAGCUGGGUCUGGGUCUCCACGUCAUAUUUACCAUGGGCACGGGCUAUGCCUGCGGAUACUACUUCCUGCGAGCACUCUUCCCUCACGACUACACGCUGCACCAGCUGGGCGGCGUGCGCGUGAUUGUCUCGGCGCCUGCGCACUGCCGGGCUCAUGCGCCGCGAGUGAAGGUCGAACCGUGGCUCAACCGAGUGAAACAUCUGAAGCGAUUCGUGCGGCAUGGAGCACCGUACCCCCACCAAGCCGACUGGUGGUCAAACAGGUAA